UCAAAAAUCGCAAGGACUAUUUUUUCGCAGCUGCUGCAUCUUUUCUUAUAGUUAAAGUCUAAAAGAGACGAUAUUCCCAAUAAUUUAGAGCAUUAUUUGCGACAAUACAGUAUGAAUGAGGACGAAGAGAACGAGCCCGACGGCUCGCUUUAUCACGAAGUUCAGCCGCCAGUAUGGAAAAGCUAUCUUUAUCAGUUGCAGCUGCGUGCACCUAAACCAACUCGAGUCCGAUGCGAAAGACAGAUUAACAACAAACCUAAUCAUUAUGGAAAAGAAUUCCAUGGCUUAAUAUCACGAGAAGAGGCAGACCGCCUUGUAUCAGCUCAGAGUGGAAGUUAUUUAGUGCGAGAAAGUCAAAAAAGCCCUGGCUCAUAUGCCUUAUCCAUGAGAAUUCAAAAUCAAACCAUGAAUUUCCGAUUGUAUUAUGAUGGAAUGCAUUACGUCGCCGAGAAAAGAUUCGAAACGCUCAAUGAUUUGGUGGAGGAUGGAUUGAUUUCAAUGUAUAUUGAAAUGAAUGCCAAGGAUUAUAUAGAAACUAUGAUGUUACAGCCGCCAACCCCGCCAAAAAGAUCCGAAUCAACGCGAAGAAGAAUAUCAUCGUCAGAUGCAAACGAACAAAAGCAAACGGGUGAUGAAAGAAGGCCCAGUGUGGAUCACAGGCAGAGCAUCAAAUCUGCUGCUGGAUACACCAAAGAACACAACUUUAAGGUUCACACUUAUAAAGGUUUCUAUUGGUGUGAUUAUUGUAAAAACUUCUUAUGGGGCUUGAAGCAACAAGGACACAAAUGUCAAGAUUGUGGAUUGAAUGCACACAAACAAUGUAUCACGCGUUUAAUAAAAGAUAAUUGUCAACCGCACAAGAAAUUAGUAAAACGAGUGUUCGGAGUUGAUCUGACCACUCUUGUGAAAGCACACAAUACAAAACUUCCCACUAUAUUGGAGGACUGCGUAAGAGAAGUUGAAAAGAGAGGGAUGACAUGUGAAGGCAUUUACCGAGUAUCAGGGUUUGCGGAUGACAUUGAAUAUCUAAAGACUUUAUAUGACAAAGGAGAUGUCGUUGACGUCGGUCCUUCAAAAUUCGGAGAUAUUAACAUUAUAGCUGGUGCUUUGAAACUUUACCUUCGUAUGCUGCCAUUGCCUGUGAUAACGUUUGAAACGUAUAACAAGUUUAUCGAAGCAAUACAGUUGGAGAAGAACGCGUGUAUCGAAGCAAUUGGUAGAUCGUUAGCGGAAUUACCUCAUGCACAUUAUGCAACUCUAAAAUAUAUCAUCUCCCACCUCAACAUUGUUACAACGCAUUAUAAAGAUAACAUGAUGACUUCAGAGAACUUGUCUAUCGUUUUUGGUCCAACGCUCAUGAGGACACCCGAAGAUAAGAGCCUGUUGGAGUGUCAAAGUUUAAUCAAAUUUCAAAAACUUGUUGUCCAAUGUCUGAUUGAUAACUAUUAUACACUGUUUGGUGCAUAAAAAUGCAGUUUAGAGUGGAUUUAGAAAUUUUGAAUCUUCGUCGUUCCUAAACAAUGAGCUGUUAAGUAAUAAUACAACACGUAUUUUACAAACUAGGAUAUUUAACUUUCAUUGUAUAACCCAAUAUACAUGCAGGCCAUCCUGUAGAACUCUAUAGACCCAUAGUUUACCUGUACCGGGAGCAAAUAUUGCAAAAUUCAUGGUAAUUAUAUGAGAACUAAAAUAGAUGCACUUGACCACACUAACCACCUGCUUGCAGUAGCCUUGUAUCUGUUCUAUAGUUAACUGAUUAUAUGUAAUCGGCUGCGGCCGGAUUUUCGUAUAUGAAGUCAGUGUUCCAUUAAUAUAAUAGAAAUCUGCCUUUAGUACGGAGCUAACCCGACUUGCAGAAGAAUGGUUUCUAUACUUCUUCAUUAAGGGCAUUUAUAUAUGAGCCAGGCAAAAACUCAAAAGUCCUUCCUAGGCAACAAUAAAAUGUCUCAAUCAACAGUAAAUUUACACCUCACUUUAUUCCAUUUUUCAAUUCGUUUAACAGGACCAGCCUGGCUCAUAUAAAUGUUCAUGCUCCAUGAGUUCUUAUACCAGAUUAUAUAUAUAUAUAUAAUGGAUAUUCUGUAACGAAAUACUGACGAUAUAUUUGGCCUAGGUCGGGUUUCAAACUGAUAAUAUAUGUCAAAUCCAUUGGGUAUUAAUAUUUUUAGAUUGUGUGUCACCCAAUAUUAAAGCUGAUAAUUUCUGAAACCUUUAUACAUAUAAGCAAAAAAAAGGAGUUUUGCUUUGGUAUACUUUUAGGAUAGAGAGAAGUUGAGCGUUUUACGGGAUCGACUUCAAUUUUACAAAAUUUUAUAUGUUUGUAUACUAUGAACACCAAUACUAUACCGAAUCUACUAGUUAAAAUAGUAUAAAUUGUAUGUAAAGUGGUGAGCUUGUUAUGGAUGAUACAAAAAUGUUAUUGAUCAUACGUGACUUUGUUA